AUGCUUCGCAACUUCAAAAUAAGGCCACGCCAGUUGGCUUCAAUUCGUGGAUUGGCCACAACCGCAGACCCAGCUGCAAACCCAAAUAGACACCACGGGGGAUUAAAGGAUCAAGACCGUAUUUUUCAAAACCUUUAUGGAAACUAUGGACAUGAUUUGAAAUCAGCACAAAAGAUGGGAGAUUGGUACAAGACAAAAGAAAUCAUCUUGAAAGGUGAUAAGUGGAUCAUUGACGAAAUGAAAAAGUCUGGAUUAAGAGGAAGAGGGGGUGCCGGUUUUCCCUCUGGAUUAAAGUGGUCGUUUAUGAACCCACCUGGAUGGGAAAAGAAUGUUGGACCUAGGUAUUUGGUUGUCAAUGCUGAUGAAGGUGAGCCCGGUACAUGUAAAGACAGAGAAAUCAUUAGAAAAGAUCCUCAUAAGUUAGUAGAGGGUUGCUUGUUGGCAGGUAGAGCAAUGAAUGCCACUGCUGCUUAUAUUUAUAUCAGAGGAGAAUUUUAUAACGAAACAGUUAUACUACAAAAUGCUAUAAAUGAAGCUUACAAGGCCGGAUUAAUAGGUAAAAACGCAUGCGGAUCAGGAUAUGAUUUUGACAUAUAUGUUCAUAGAGGUAUGGGUGCUUAUGUCUGUGGUGAAGAGACUGCAUUGAUUGAAUCAAUAGAAGGUAAAGCAGGUAAACCAAGAUUGAAGCCACCUUUCCCAGCUGGUGUCGGGUUAUUUGGGAGACCUACAACUGUUGCCAAUGUUGAAACUGUGUCAGUUGCACCAACCAUCUUGAGAAGAGGAGGGGCUUGGUUUGAUGCAUUAGGCCGUGAAAGAAAUUCUGGUACAAAGUUGUUUUGUAUAUCGGGUCAUGUCAAUGACCCCUGCACCGUAGAGGAAGAAAUGUCCAUACCAUUGAAAGAGUUACUAGAAAAGCACUGUGGUGGUAUCAAGGGUGGUUGGGAUAAUUUGUUGGGUGUUGUUCCUGGUGGAUCCUCGGUUCCAAUCAUGCCAAAAGAAACCUGUGAUACUGUUUUGAUGGAUUAUGAUGCAUUAAGAGAUGUAGGAUCAGGUUUGGGUACUGCGGCUGUCAUUGUUAUGAAUAAGCAAACAGAUAUAAUAAGAGCUAUUCAAAGAUUUGCCCAUUUCUACAAACAUGAAUCCUGUGGACAAUGUACUCCAUGUCGUGAAGGAACAACUUGGUUACAAAGAAUGAUGGACAGGUUUCAAACAGGGCAGGCAACUGAGAGGGAAAUCGAUAUGAUUUUUGAAUUAACUAAAGAAAUUGAGGGCCACACUAUAUGUGCGCUUGGUGAUGCUGCCGCUUGGCCAGUUCAAGGUUUGAUCAAAUCAUUCAGGCCCGUAAUGGUUGAUAGAAUAAACGAAUACCAAAAGAAGCAUGCCGAUUUAGGACCAGUUCAAUAUGGUGGAUGGGUUGAUGGAGGUAAAGUAAAGGAUGGAGUUGUUGUGGAUAACCCUAUACCACAUGGUCAUUGA